GAUUUUAAAGCACCAAUAUCCGCGACCUGAUUGGCUCCAGCCGAUUCCACGUCAUCCGAGAAUCAGAGACUGUCAUCUCGAGACUUCACCUGGUAGGCUAGUCUAACAACUCGCAGCUGUCGUCAGCAGAGUAGCCGCAGCCGGAUGGAUGACAAGGGAUUCGAGGGAGAUGAAGGCCAAGGACUUGCAACGAAGAAUCCGUGGCGGAAGCAUGAGGCCAUCUGGCAUUCCUUGGCACGCUAUUGGGAGCGAUCGAAACAAGCUCACAUGGCGGUCUCACUGGGAACGCAAGUCAUUUCCAAUUUACAGAUUCCCUACAUAUAACUAUAGGGUACUUCUCCAUCUCGGGGAGGUUGAUGGAUUAUUGAAUGCAACACGCAGGGCCGGUCCUGAUCGCGGCGUCAUUGCCGUAUUCGUCGAGACGGAUGGUUGCCUGGCUACUUUAGGUGUAUACGCUGUCUGGGUGAUCCAUGAGGAGACUGCGGUGGUGAUAUUGUCGGAAUAAUCAGAAUUUAGCUGAAGACAUCAUCUGAAGAUGACUAGAUUCACUACUGCUCUAAUCCUUUUUUUCCC